AUGUAUCCCGCGCUGGCGACAGAGAUAAAGAAGAGUACCAGAGAACCUUAUGAUGCCUUCAUGAACCUUCAUCUCCAGUACUAUGGGUACUUUAAAGCUCAGGGGGAUGGUUUACCAAAUGCUACUAAACAUCCAGAUCCUUGGGAGCGGCAUCCUCAGUACCUGUUAAAAGGGAAUUUCCGGAAAAGAACUGAUUUGAAUCAGGAUCCUUUGCAAGAGGAGAAGCUAAUAUGGAACUCGUGUUCCUCCCCUGCUGCUGGGCUUGUGUCCAGAAUGGAGACCAACAACACAUGGUUCUUCAAACCUGGAUCAUCUCCACUUUCCCAAGACAGCUCCCUUUUGUUGGAUACCUCACUUUUUAAGAGCAAUCAGCUGCUCUUUGACGAGUUAGGUGAAGGAAAUCCACGACUUCGAGAACCCCGAAAUCUCUUUGCUUUCCUCUCUAAUGAUGGGUUCCUACAAGCUCCACGGUGGCCCAUAGAAUGUGAAGUCAUCAAGGAAAAUAUUCAUCAUAUUGAAUGGGUCCCGCCCAAGCCCGAGUAUUUCUAUCAACCCACAGGGAAUGAGAAGGUGCCGGAAAUUGUCGGAGAGGGAAAAGGCACAGUGGUCUAUCAUAUUGAAUCAGCCCCCCCGAGUUCCUAUUUCUCCAGCUCAAGAGUGGGAGGCAAACGAGGAUUGAUCAAACAACUUUCUGUCAAUUUACAAGGACCAGAAGAUGAUACCCUGCUGUUUGAAUCGAGGUUUGAGAGUGGGAAUUUACAGAAAGCUGUCAGAGUAGACACCUAUGACUAUGAACUCACUCUGCGAACUGACCUCUAUACCAACAAGCACACACAGUGGUUUUAUUUUCGAGUCCAGAACACCAGAAAAGAAGUCACCUAUCGCUUCACCAUCGUCAAUCUGCUCAAACCCAAGAGUCUUUACACCAUAGGGAUGAAGCCUCUCCUGUAUUCGGAGGUGGAUGCCCGCAGCCACAACAUCGGCUGGAGACGAGCAGGAGACGAGAUCAAGUACUACCGGAAAGGUGCGGAGGAGGGACAGCCGACUUUCUACUGCCUGACGUGGACUGUCCGGUUUCCACAUGACCAGGACACCUGCUACCUGGCUCACUUCUACCCUUACACGUACACAGAUUUACAGUACUACCUGCUGGCAGUGGCCAACAAUCCCAUCCAGUCUCAGUUCUGCAAACUGAGAACUCUGUGCAGAAGCCUCGCAGGCAACACCGUCUAUCUGCUCACCAUCACCAACCCGUCCAAGACUUCGGAAAUGGCUGCCGCCAAGAAAGCGGUCAUUCUGAGUGCCAGAGUCCACCCUGGAGAGAGCAACGGCUCCUGGAUGAUGAAGGGGUUCCUAGACUUUAUCCUCGGAGACUCCCCCGAUGCCCACCUCCUCAGAGACAUCUUCAUUUUUAAGGUGGUUCCUAUGCUAAAUCCGGACGGCGUGAUUGUGGGGAAUUAUCGCUGCUCAUUGGCCGGCAGGGACCUGAAUCGGCAUUACAAGACCAUCCUGAAAGAGUCUUUCCCCUGUAUUUGGUACACCAGGAAUAUGAUCAAGAGAGUCCUCGAAGAGCGAGAAGUCCUGCUGUAUUGUGAUUUCCAUGGGCAUAGUCGCAAGAACAACAUCUUUCUGUAUGGCUGUAAUAGUACCAACCGCAAACAGUGGCUUCAUGAGCGAGUGUUCCCUUUAAUGCUGAGCAAGAAUGCCCCAGACAAGUUUUCCUUCCGGAGUUGUAAUUUUAGAGUCCACAAGUGCAAAGAAGGGACUGGACGAGUUGUGAUGUGGCGAAUGGGAAUCCUGAACAGCUACACUAUGGAGUCGACCUUUGGAGGGUCAACAUUAGGUAAUAAAAGAGAUACUCAUUUUAACACUGAGGACCUGAAAUCCCUAGGUUAUCAUGUCUGUGACACACUUCUUGAUUUCUGUGAUCCUGACCGCAGUAAGUUCAUGCAAUGUUUAACAGAGCUUAAAGAAGAAAUCUUUAAGAAAUUCUCAGAACUUGGACAAGAAAUGGACUUUGAUGGCAAUUGGAGUGACAUCUCUUUGUCUGACAUUGAAUCUAGUACAAGUGGCUCAGACAGCUCUCUCUCAGAUGGCCUUCCUGUUCAUUUACUUGAUGUGGUAGAAAAGCUUGAACAGAAGAAAAAACUGAAGAAGAAAAAGAAACCACUAGAGACAAGAAAGCAAAGAAAUGAGAUACAUCAGAGAACCAGGUUUAUCCAGGAGCUUAAGCCAACAGAAGACAGCCAGGUAAGAAAAGAAAAACCAGAAUUUGCCCCUGUGGUGAAAAAGCAGUCCAUCUUUUUCAAAAGUUCAGAGGCCCUUACAAAUGAAAAGUCCUCCCGGGUGAAAAAUGAGAACUCAAAGUUUAAUGAGAGCAAGAAACCAGGUUUUAAAAUGGCAGACCCUCGGAGGAAGGGUACAACCAUCAAUAACGAGGUAACUUCAGCAUAUUCAUGGAAGGAAAAGGUGUGCAGGUACCAAAACUCUCUGGUAAUGCAGCCAGACAUCAACCACCAUCAGUCUUUGCUCAUCUCUUCAGUGUCUCCAGAACGAAGCAAGAACACUAUAGCAAUUAAGCAGUACCCACCUCCACUCUUUCUGCAACUGAGCCAAGAGGGCUGUGAGAAACAGGCGAUUUUACGUAGUCUGAUUCAGCAAGGCAAGUGGACGCCAUCACAAACUCCAUCUUCUAUAACACCGAGGAAGCCUUUGUCUUCCAGCCACAGAAAUAGAAAACCAGGCUCAUGGAGCACCUGGGUCCUGGAGUUUAAGAACAUAACAACAACAAAGUCCCUGUUCCGGAUUCCAAAAGUAACUGCUCUGUCCGUGCUGCCGGGUAAAACUUUCUCUCUGACUUCUAAGAUCCCUCAGAAUCCUGUAAAAAGGAAAAGAAAGAGAAAAAUAUGGAAACUUCUGGAAAGAUCUAACCUGACUAAGAGAGAACAACACAGUCUACUUGGAGAAAGGGGAAAACAAUGCAAACAGAAAACAUGGCUUCUAAUCUUCAGUGAUAUCCAAUAAAGAUCUGAAAAAGACAAAGAAUGCCUCGAAGAGAAUUCACUUCUCAGACUGUGUUACUGGCAAGAUAGCAUGACAGAAGGAUGUUCUCUGUAGGAAUGCUUCCUGUCACAAGAUAUUAAUGAAUACUCACAAUACAAGUUAUGAAGGAAACAGAAAACAAGGCACACUUAUUCCCAGCAGUUUGCAGCUGCUGCUUGGACAAAUUAAAGACAAAAAGUUGCAGUCAAUUUCCUCUCCCUUGAUACUGGUUUGGGUUCAUCUAAAGCAAAAAGGAAUUUGAUUUGUAAUCUGCUCCAACUGUAAGAAUUUUUCUGGAAACUUUAAAUUAAAGGUGGAGAAGGCAGGACAGGGAAGAGACUUCUCUGGAGAAAUCUCUCAAUUUGAUCCAAAAAAAUCAGUGUGGUAUUUUGAGGUGUUUUGCUUUUUGUUUUGUCUUGUUUUGUUUCUCAAUUAUCUUCCAUAAUAUUCUCCUCUCCAGUGUUUGUGUCUUUCCCUACAAAGUUAGGGUUUGGGCUAUAUGAUUUUCCUCAAGUACCAUCCCAAGGAACUUCAUUUUUACCAACUAAGCAAACACAAGGAUCAUUUUAAAGCACAAUCUAAUGUCAAAAAUAAAUGGACUCUACAUUCCCCCUUGCUGGUCUCUGUAGUCAGAGGCAAAUCCAAUUCCUACCAUAAGUUGUACUUGAAGAUGACCAAGGAAACCAUUUCCUUUUGAUAGUCCAUCAUUUUGUAUUUUUGACAAAUACUGUUUUCCACUCUAUUCAGGAAAUGUAUUUUUCUUAUCACACUGCAUUUUCCCUUUAAAUACAGUUUUUUCUGUAGGGAAGUAAGCCAUCCUCUAACUGUCCUCCCUUUUUAAUAAAGACUU